AUGUCUUCUCUUGUAUACUGUUUUGUUUUUACUAGACAUCGCAAGUAUGAAUCUGACUUAGAUAGCUUGGUUUGGAAGAUUGACUGGAAUGAUGUCCAGACACGUGGUGAUCAAACCAAUUCUCAGGGAUUCUCCAUGAAGAGUAUGGUACUGAGUACAAUAUCAGUGAUAGGAAAUGAUGAAAGACAGCAGAUAUUUGCCACAAUUGGUACAUGGAGGGGUAACAUCUGUGCUAUUAAAACUGUCAACAAAAAACAAAUCGUUCUGAGCAGAGCUGUACGUACUGAACUAAAACUUAUGAGAGAAAUGCAUCAUGAUAACGUAAGCAGAUUCAUUGGAGCUUGUAUUGACAGCCCUCAUAUAUGCAUUAUGAUGGAGUACGCUCCAAAGGGAAGUCUGAAGGAUAUACUUGAAAAUGAUGACAUUAAAUUGGUUGACAUGUUCAUUAUCUCACUGAUAUCUGACAUGGUCAAGGGUAUGACCUACCUCCACGCUAGUCCCAUCCAUUCACAUGGUAACCUGAAAUCCUCCAACUGUGUUGUUGACAAUCGAUUUGUCCUUCAAAUCACCGACUAUGGUUUGAUGGAGUUCAAGAAAGGACAUGUUGCUGAAGAUCAUGGAGAACAUGCCUACUAUAACAAUCUAUUGUGGCGUGCUCCUGAACAUUUACGUGAGGCUGAAAAUAUGCACCCAAUGGGGUCACAAAAAGGAGAUAUUUACUCAUUUUCCAUUAUCCUACAAGAAAUAUAUUCACGUUCAGAGCCUUAUUAUUUAAAUGAGGAAUCUCACAGUGAAAUUAUACAAAAGGUUAUAUCAUUGACGGAACCCCCGAUGCGACCUGAUCUGUCCGAGGUAAAUGAAACUGCACCAGAAUGUGUUUUAAAGACAAUAAGAGCUUGUUGGAGUGAAGACCCAUUUGAUAGACCAUCUUUCCGAUCCAUAAAGACUUUGUUGGGACCUUUGCAAAGAGGACAGAAGCGUAACAUUAUGGACAAUAUGAUUGCCAUCAUGGAGAGAUACACCAAUAAUCUGGAAGAUUUGGUUGAUGAACGAACUGAGGAUGUUAAGAAAGAAAAGAAGAAGAUUGAAACUUUGCUUCAUCGUAUGUUGCCACCAUCUAUUGCCAAGGAUUUGUCAAAGGGAAAACGGAUAGAACCUGAGAAAUUUGAAUUGGUGACUAUAUACUUCUCUGAUCUUGUUGGUUUCACCGCCUUGUCUGCUAUUAGUACACCUAUACAGAUUGUUAAUAUGUUAAACGAUCUCUACACUAUGUUUGACGUUAUUAUCUCCAAUUAUGAUGUGUACAAAGUUGAAACCAUUGGUGAUGCCUAUGUCUUAGUAUCUGGACUGCCAGUGCGCAACGGAAAAACCCAUGCUGGUCAGAUUGCAUCUGCUGCAUGCCAUCUCCUGGAAUCCAUUUACACAUUUAAAAUUCGCCACAGACCAGGUGAAAUGUUGCAACUCCGUAUUGGAAUGCACUCAGGACCUAUUGUUGCUGGAGUUGUUGGUCUAACUAUGCCUCGUUAUUGUUUGUUUGGUGACACUAUGAACACUUCAUCACGUAUGGAGUCUAAUGGAUUGCCUCAUAAGAUACACGUUAGUCCUCAGUGUCGGGAAGUACUGGAAGAACUUGGUGGAUACAUCCUGAAAGAGCGGGGUCUCAUUGCAAUGAAGGGCAAAGGUGAAAUCCUGACAUACUGGUUGGUCAGCCAAGAUCCUUCUCUAAAAGUUGAAACAUUCAAGCCUCCAGAACAGAACUUCUGA